AUGAUUUCUAAUGAUAUUUCUAUUCUUGGAAUUGCUGAAACGUGACUGAAAACUUCCUUAUAUAUUCAAGGAUUUAUCUGAAUUGGAAAUAAUGGGCCAAUUGCUGGCAACAGAGGAUUAGGCGGAACUGGGUUACUAAUACAUGAAACAUUUGCAAAUCUAAUAACAUCAAUUGAAACUAACAAUCAUAGAAUAACAGCAACAUUAAUUGAAGAUUACUUAAUAAUAGUAGCUUAUGCCCCAGUAGUAACAAAUCACCAAAGUAAGAAAUCAAUUGAUGACUAUAUUAACUUUAUCAUAGAAGUUCAAGAAAUUAUUCAAAAGAAUCAAAAGGAUAGACGUCAAAUAGUACUAUUGGGUGAUUUUAAUGCGCAUCUAAAAGGAUAUUUAUCUGAAAUCGAUGAUCUAACAGGAGAGAUAUUUUCUAAAUUUAUAAAAGAUUCUCAUCUAUACAUUCUCAAUGAUAUGCAAAUAUCAACUUUUAGAGGUCAUAAUACACACACAAUUAUUGAUUACAUUCUCUCAAACUCAACAUCAGAAAUUAUUUAUAUAGAAGUCCCUCAAUUAAAUACUAACCAUAUUUUACUCCUAUCACGCAUUUCGAUAAUUAUACCAUUAGGAACUCAAAAAACAAUUAUUCCAUGAUAUAAACUAGAAGGAGAUGAUCAUGAAGCCUUUAAAAGCAGACUCUUCCUUAAAUUCAAAGAAAAAGGUAUUUUCAUAACAAAUAACCCUUCUCUAAUCUAUACCGAAAUAAAGACUAUCUUAGAUGAAGAAUCAAUUAUUGUAAAAACUAAAUUACAGCCUGAUCAUUUUAAAACUCCAGAAAUGAAAAUUUUAAGGAAAAGAAUUAACAAACUCAAAGAAUAA